ACCAAAGCUUAUGCUUUUGGCCAGCUGUAUAACCUAAUCUAUUUGAUCAUCAUAAAACAUGGUUUGUUAGAUAUUGUGUCCUUGUAAAUAAAUGAUUUUGGCUGUACUCAGUUCAUGCCAUCAGUCCACAACUACUGGAUGGAUCUCCAUUGAAUUUGGUGCAGACUUUCAUCGUCCCCAGAGGAUGAACCCCACUAACUUUAGUGAUCCUCUGACUUUUUCUCCAGCGCCACCGUGAGGUUGACAGCAGCACCAUCAUCAGCUGCAAAACAAGGCCACGUGGGGCUAACCAAUCAGCACGAGAGGAGGGCUCCAAGGAUCUAGCUAAAAGGGCGUGGUGAAUAGCGCGGACAGAAGCCUGAUUGGCUGGCCGGACGCUCACUCUCCUCUGCUGCCCAGCGCGGUGCGCUGUCCUGCUGUCUGAUCUACCGUUUACCUGGACAAUCCAUCAUAAAAACCAACCUUUUUGAGCCACAGCUCAACCAGGCCGGCAAACUACUGCAACACUAUGGAUAUUGGAGAUUGUCCCUUACGGAGGAAACGGAGACCAUGGCGCAUGGACUUCUCAUCCUUCGCCUUGGUAGCCGUGGCGCUCGCCGUGUGCCAAACGACCGUGGUUCGGGCAGAUCCAGUGGACGUGUUGCGGGCUCUGCAGGUUCCCUCUCUCCCCGAGGGCGUGAAGAAAGUCCCCGGCUUCUGCACAUCCCGUCGCUCCGGCACCCCUGACCAUGCCUACCGCAUCACCAAGAAGGCCCAGAUCUCCGCCCCCACCAAGCAGCUCUUCUCAGGUCGUUUCCCAGAGAACUUCUCCAUCAUGGCUCUGGUAAAAGUCCAGGCUGGUCUCCAGGCCUUCCUUCUCUCCAUCUACAGUGAGCAGGGCAUCCAGCAGCUGGGCAUUGAAAUGGGACGUUCACCUGUUUUCCUGUACGAAGACCAGAAUGGCAAGCCAGCCCCUGAGGACUACCCGCUGUUCAGAGGCAUCAACCUGGCUGAUGGCAAGUGGCAUCGCAUUGCUAUCUCUGUUUCCAAGAAAAACGUGACACUGCUGUUGGACUGCAAGAAGAAGAUGACCCGUCCACUGCCUCGCGGCAACAACGCAGUGGUUGACACCAAUGGCAUCACAGUGUUUGGUGCACGUCUGCUUGAUGAGGAAGUUUUCCAGGGAGACAUCCAGCAACUCCUGAUAGCCUCCAACCCCCAGGCUGCCUAUGACUUCUGUGAACACUACAGCCCCGACUGUGACUCCCCUCUGCCCAAGACCCAAGCUCAGGACCCCAACACAUACUACUUUGAUGAGGAGCAGGAUGACCAUGAAUACCCCUAUUAUUAUGAGGAAACAACAGGCGUUCCCUCCUCCUCUCCGUCCCCCUCUCCCCAACCUGGGGCCCCCACUCAACAGGAUGUAGACACUGAACAUUCCGAAGCUGGCCACACCCCUACAGAGACUGAUUAUUACUAUGAGGAGACAGCCCAUCUGCCAGAGGGUGAGAUGACUGGACAAGAAGUGAUCCCUUCACAGCCCCAGGAGCCGCCAACACUGGUGGGAGAGGAGGUAGAUGCCACCAAGGCAGGCGGUGUGGGCGAGGAGGCCUUCACUGAGGAGUAUGUGACUGGGGACGUGGGAAUGAGGGAAUACGACUAUUCCUACAGGGACUACAAUGAGCCGUUAACAGACACCAGAGAUCUUGAUGCCAACAUGGGCCCCGCCCUGUCCGCUGUGACAGAUGAGGGAGGCGCUGCCAUCAGAGGCCAGAAAGGAGAGAAAGGAGAACCUGCUGUCCUAGAGCCUGGUAUGCUGAUUGAGGGACCCCCGGGACCUGAGGGACCUGCUGGUCCUACUGGGCCCCCUGGCCAUUCUGGACCUCCUGGCUCUGUCGGUGACCCUGGCGAGAGGGGCCCUCCUGGUAGGGCUGGUUUGCCUGGAGCUGAUGGAGUCCCUGGACCUCCUGGAACCUCAGUCAUGCUGCCUUUCCGUUUCGGUCAGAGUGGAGGAGAUAAGGGUCCUGCUGUUUCUGCACAGGAAGCCCAGGCAGCAGCCAUCUUGUCUCAGGCCAGGAUGGCACUGAAAGGACCACCUGGACCAAUGGGAUUCACUGGACGCCCUGGACCACUGGGAAAUCCAGGAAGUGCUGGUCUUAAGGGAGAGAGUGGAGACCCAGGUCCUCAGGGCCCCAGGGGACCCCAGGGUAUGAUGGGACCUCCAGGAAAAUCAGGAAGAAGAGGCCGUGCUGGAGCUGAUGGUGCCAGGGGAAUGCCAGGAGAGACUGGAAUUAAGGGUGACCGUGGGUUUGAUGGUCUUCCUGGUUUGCCCGGUGAGAAAGGACACAGGGGUGACACUGGAGGAAUGGGACCCCCAGGAUCUCAAGGAGAGGACGGAGAGAGGGGAGAUGACGGAGACAUUGGACCCAGGGGUCUCCCAGGUGAACCAGGACCUCGUGGUUUGCUCGGACCUAAAGGUCCUCCUGGAAUCUCUGGACCUCCUGGUGUGCGUGGAAAUGAUGGGUCCCAAGGUCCCAAGGGAAAUUUGGGUCCCCAAGGAGAGCCAGGACCUCCAGGUCAGCAGGGAACCCCAGGAACUCAGGGAAUGCCAGGACCUCAGGGAGCCAUCGGACCCCCAGGAGAGAAAGGUCCCACAGGAAAACCAGGUCUGCCAGGAAUGCCCGGAGCCGAUGGCCCUCCUGGUCACCCAGGAAAGGAGGGGCCUCCCGGAACCAAAGGAAACCAGGGCCCCAGCGGUCCUCAGGGAGCUAUUGGCUAUCCUGGCCCUCGUGGCAUCAAGGGAGCUCAAGGAAUCCGUGGACUGAAGGGCCACAAGGGAGAGAAGGGAGAAGAUGGUUUUCCUGGAAUUAAGGGAGAUUUUGGUGCCAAAGGAGAGAGGGGUGAGCUUGGAGUAUCAGGCCCCAGAGGAGAGGAUGGUCCAGAGGGGCCAAAGGGUCGUGUAGGACCCCCUGGUGAGAUCGGACCCCUUGGACUGGUUGGAGAGAAGGGUAAACUUGGUGUACCUGGACUUCCUGGAUAUCCUGGAAGACAAGGACCCAAGGGAUCUCUUGGAUUCCCAGGAUUCCCCGGAUCUAACGGCGAGAAGGGAACAAGAGGUCUGUCAGGCAAAUCAGGGCCAAGAGGACAAAGAGGACCAACGGGUCCCAGAGGUCAGAGAGGACCAAGGGGCGCGACCGGGAAAUCAGGAGCAAAGGGAACUUCAGGAAGUGAUGGCCCUCCUGGUCCUCCCGGAGAGAGGGGAUUGCCCGGACCUCAAGGAGCCAAUGGUUUCCCUGGACCAAAGGGACCUCCUGGACCACCAGGAAAGGACGGACUGCCUGGACACCCUGGCCAGAGAGGAGAAGUUGGUUUCCAAGGUAAAAUGGGUCCACCUGGGCCUCCUGGAGUCGUUGGACCUCAGGGUCCAUCUGGAGAAACUGGCCCCAUGGGCGAGCGUGGCCACCCCGGACCCCCAGGUCCACCUGGAGAGCAGGGACUCUCUGGUCCCUCAGGGAAGGAAGGCACUAAGGGAGACCCUGGACCCCCAGGAGGCCCAGGUAAAGAUGGGCCCCCAGGACUGAGAGGUUUCCCUGGAGAGAGAGGACUGCCCGGAACCCCUGGAGGUGGAGGACUGAAGGGAAGUGAAGGACCUGCCGGACCUCCUGGACCUGCUGGAUCUCCUGGUGAGAGGGGAUCAGCCGGUACUGCUGGACCUGUUGGACCUCCUGGCAGACCAGGCCCUCAGGGGCCUCCAGGACCCGCUGGAGAGAAAGGAGUUCCUGGUGAGAAAGGACCUAUUGGCCCUGCAGGUCGUGAUGGUGUCCAGGGUCCCGUGGGUCUUCCUGGACCUGCCGGAUCACCAGGAGUACCCGGAGAGGAUGGAGACAAGGGUGAGGUUGGAGAACCAGGCCAGAAGGGCGCCAAGGGAGGGAAAGGAGAGCACGGUCCUCCUGGUCCACCCGGACCAAUGGGUCCAGUCGGUCAGCCUGGUCCUGCUGGUGCUGAUGGAGAGCUUGGACCUAGGGGCCAACAGGGGCCAUUUGGAGCUAAAGGUGACGAAGGAUCCAGAGGAUUCCCAGGAGCCCCAGGACCCAUCGGACUGCAGGGAUUGCCAGGACCAUCAGGCGAGAAGGGAGAGACUGGAGAUGUUGGACCUCUGGGUCCUCCAGGCCCUCCUGGACCCCGUGGCCCUGCCGGACCCAACGGUGCUGACGGUCCUCAAGGUCCUCCUGGUGGUGUGGGUAAUCCUGGACCUGCUGGAGAGAAGGGAGAGCCCGGUGAGUCUGGACCACCUGGAAUUGGAGGAGAGCCAGGAAAGAAGGGUCCUCGUGGAGAACGUGGAGAGAAGGGAGAGGCAGGACAACCUGGAACUGCUGGACCUGCUGGAGGAAGAGGACGACCUGGAGAUGACGGACCUAAAGGAAACCCUGGUCCCGUUGGUUUCCCUGGUGAUCCCGGUCCCCCUGGUGAGGUUGGACCCAGAGGUCAAGAUGGCGCCAAGGGAGAGAGAGGAGAAGAUGGUGAACAAGGAGAAUCUGGCUCUCCUGGACCUUCUGGUGAGAACGGACCACCUGGCCCACCAGGAAAGAGGGGCCCUGCUGGAACAAGAGGACCAGAGGGACGUCAGGGUGAAAAAGGAACCAAGGGAGACCCAGGUGCUGUUGGCCCCCCUGGAAAGACCGGCCCCGUCGGCCCCCAGGGUGUACCAGGAAAACCAGGAACGGAAGGUCUCAGAGGACUCCCAGGAUCAGUGGGAGAGCAAGGAUCUCCAGGCCCCGCCGGACAGAAAGGACCACCUGGACCUAUGGGACCUCCUGGUUUGCUCGGUCUGCGUGGAGACCCCGGUUCCAAGGGAGAGAAGGGACACCCAGGUCUUAUCGGUCUCAUUGGACCCCCAGGAGAGCAGGGAGAGAAGGGAGAUCGAGGUCUGCCUGGCCCUCAUGGAUCCAACGGACCUAAAGGAGAGACUGGAAUGGCUGGAGGCACGGGACCCAUCGGCCCUGCUGGUCCUCCUGGUCUGCCUGGUCCUCAAGGUAUCAAAGGAGCUAAGGGAUCUUCCGGAGGAGCUGGUCCGAAGGGAGAAAAGGGUGUACAAGGACCUGCUGGACCUCCUGGCCCGCCAGGUGAGGUCAUCCAGCCCCUGCCCAUCCAGAGGAGUCCCAAGUCCAAGCGUUCCAUAGACGCCAGCCAGCUGCUCUCCGAGUCCGACCCCGACAUGCCUGCAUCUGACGCCACUGGCACUGAGUUCCUGAUGGGCAAUGAAGGCAUGGAGGAGAUCUUUGGCUCACUUAACUCGCUACGACAGGAGAUCGAGACCAUGCGUUUCCCUCUGGGCACCCAGGACAGCCCCGCCCGUACCUGCCAGGACCUGCACCUCAGCCAGCCAGACCUCAAAGACGGAGAGUACUGGAUUGACCCCAACCAGGGCUGCUCCAGAGACUCCUUCAAGGUCUUCUGUAACUUCACUAAUGGAGCAGAGACGUGCCUGUACCCCAGCAAGAGCAUCAACACGGUGAAGAUGAGUUCGUGGGACAAAGAGACUCCAGGAUCCUGGUACAGCCAGUUUGCCACUGGCAGCAAGUUCUCCUACGUGGACUCUAACGGCGAGCCAGUGGGUGUGGUCCAGCUGGGCUUCCUGCGUCUCCUGAGCGUCCAGGCCCGCCAGAACCUCACCUACCACUGCCACCGCUCAGUGGCCUGGUCCGACCGAAGCGCCAACAACUACGAGAGGGCGCUGCACCUCCAGGGUGCCAACGAUGAGGAGCUGAGCUACGAGACCAACCCUUACAUCAAAGCUUUGGUCGACGGCUGCUCUUAUCGUAAGGGCUUUGACAGGACAGUCCUGGAGAUCAACUCACCACAGGUGGAGCAUCUUCCUCUGUUGGAUAUCAAGGUGUCAGACUUUGGGGAGAGCAACCAGCAGUUUGGUUUUGAAGUGGGACCUGUCUGUUUCCAAGGCUAAAACACACACAUACACACACCAUGCAGAGAACAACACAUGCAAAUACUCACACACAUGCACUUAGAGACACACUUACACAUGAUAAACAUACAAGCCCGGUAAUUUGUAAAUUAACUUGUAAAUGAUAUGAAACACACACGCACACACACACACACACAUACCCACAGACAGACACACACUUCCACACGCAGAUGCUGUUGUGAGACAAACACGCACUCACACUCAAGUACGUGCCUGGGGAAAGCAACAUCCUCCCGACAAUUAAUGGACGUCAAAAAAAGUAAAGAGGAGAGAAAUUUUUAAAAACUCGCGGAGAGGAGACCAUCGACUGGGCGCACGACCGCGAGAAAAGGAAGAAAAAACCAGAAGAGAGUGUUCUUCGGAAAAUAAAACAGUGUUUUCUUUACCAACAUUGAAAGGGGCCGGCCUAAGAAAGAGAGCAAGCCGGCAACUUGAGGCCUGAAGCCCCCUGUCUCUGAUCCCCCCUCUCACUCUUCACUCCUCCCCGCUGUCUCUCUUUUAUUUCCACUCAUCUCACCUGCUCUACCUCCCCCCCUCCUACUCUUAAAAAAGGGUCACACUCUGACAUCUUUCCCAUUUCUUUCAUUGCACGUUUAUGGGCGAGCAACGUGGUUGGCGGUCACUCUUUUAUGACCGACAAGAGGUGCAAGACGCUCCUAUGUAGCUGUAUGCAUCUGUGAAUACAAUCAUUUGUUUUGGUUCAAAGGUUUUUGAAAACUGGAAGGUCUUAAUCAACUUUUUUAUCCCUUCUGCACAGAGCUUCUUUUCAUGAACCAAAAUAGAUUCAGUAGAUAAACAGCAAACAUCAAAAUAAAACUGGAAGAUGACGACUUAACGGUUAACUUCUCUGAUCGUCUUGUUCUGUAAGAAACUUGUAGUGACUUGUCGAUCAUGUUGCUCACACUGUAAACGCGGAGUAGCUAUCAGCUCUUAUCUCAUUACAUUAAAAGGAACCAAAGAAUGAAAGCCACCAGUUUACAUCCAAAGAGGGAAAAUGACCAAACCAGCUGGGUCUUGCUCUUGUUUUUGUCUUUUUUUUGAGUGAAUUUUCUACUUUGUCAUGUCCUUUUCAUGACCACCUUGUAAUAAACCACCUGAAAAUGUGAUACACAGCUCAAACUGAUGAUGAAAAUCUAUCUGGUGUUUUAAAUUGAGGGUAAUGGAGUCUAAGAAACUCUCCUCGGCCCUGAGAGCAGCAUAAACUGUGUUUGAAAUGUUCAUUGGUUAAUGUUGGAGAAAAUCUGCAAGUGAGGCAAGAUAGAAGAUGUGUCUAUACCUAGAUCAGUGAAUCAAAAGCCAUUAUUUUUGUAAACUGUGCUGAAAUUCAUGUUAUUGUACUUGCAAGUUAUUGGUGCUUUUGAAAAGGUCUGAUUCUCUUUAAAUCAUGAAUCACGCUGCCAGGCCCCCUACUACACACCAGUCCAGUAUUUUCUCUUUGGGUACUUUGAGUUUUGUUUUCCAUCCAGAACACAUUUUCUGAUUUCUCAUCCAAGUACAGAACAUCAUCAGGGUUUAAAUAUGUAUAUGAGUUUCAAAGUUCCCUCCUCCUUUUUUCCUAAAACGGUGAAUAAAAUGCAUGCGUUACUGAAAUGAAACUGUGUGGCAAGGUGCUAAUUAUACCAAAGCAUAAAAAUUUUAGUAUUAACUUUGAGUCCUCCAUUUUCUUUAGUCUCUUUUACAAUUUCAUACAGCUUUUUACUGGGGAAAAUGUGCAUUACAUUUCAUUUGUACAGAAAUAGUGAUAUUCUAUUGUAUUUAUUUAAAACAAACAGGGUGCUUUGAGAUUAAAAAAAACGACCACCAAAUAUUCCAGUCAAAUGUGGUAUAUUUCAUUUGUAUUUAUUUCCUGUAGCUGUCACUUGAAGGUCAAGUGAAGUGAGUGACUUGCAUGUUAAACUCAACUGCCAGCCUGAGUUAUGGUGCUUCUGUUCACGCCCUGUCCAAACUCCUUUUGUACAACCAAAGAAUCUGUGGCCAUAUUUUAUUUGUAAUAUCCCUUUUUUAGUGUUUUCACCAACUGUACUGUGCUGUUAAAUUUUGCUUCCACUGUAAUGAUUAAAUGGUGACUCUCCAGUUUUGUCACAUUUCCUUGUCGUUGCUACUGUUUGACUUUGGCGUGUGUUGGUUUCAUUGCUUCGCUGGGCUUUGAAAUGCAUCACAGAAAUACAGUUUACUGCGAUGAUCUAGAUUAAGGUGCUAAAAAUAUUAACACAUAAUUCUCUGAUCUUCUAAAUUUCUAUCUGAGACUACAGCGAGUAGGAGAAAGGUUGUGAGAGGGAAGCGAGAACUCUGUCAACCACCGUGGGAUUAAAAGUAAUUAAUUAGAUUAAGGGGUGAUGUCAUUCUAUGGCUCUGGAUUUAUUUGUUUAUUUUUAUUUCUUUUUCUUUUUUUUUAAAUAUAGCAGGGAAACUGGGCGGGAUGGCCAAAAACCUAAAAAUAAUAAAAAUCUGCCCUUGAAAUUCUUCAGAGAGAAUGACCUCAAAUAUUUGUUUUAAUUGUGUUGAAGACUAACAUUUCAACAUAAGAAUAUGGUGCUUAAAAGAGAAAAAAGUAUUAUUUUAU